AUGAUGUUGAAAGUAUUGUUAUUGUGUCUGUUGCUUCAUUGGAGCUCGGCCCACUCAACAAAAUAUACUGUCGGAGACUCUAAGGGCUGGACCUACAAUAUAUCUGGCUGGGAAAAUGGCAAGUGCUUCAAGUCUGGUGACACUCUAGUUUUCAAGUAUGCCGCAGCUUAUCACAAUGUUGUAGUUGUCGACAAGUCGAGUUAUGAUUCUUGCAUCUUGCCAUCAAAGGCCAAGACGUAUAAUUCUGGUAAUGAUAAGUUGAGGCUAACAAAAGGGCCUAAUUAUUUCAUUUGUGGGAUUCAUGGACAUUGUCAAGCUGGAAUGAAGAUAGCUGCUAAUGCUGCUUAA